CUCUUGUUCUUGCUCCCUGAAGGACCAGGCUCAGACUGGACCCGGCACACCUCUCACUCCAGUGACUGCCCCCCAGGCCAGCCCACCAUGGAUUUUGUCGGCCCUGCCAUCGGAGUGGCCGUAGGGAUCGGACUCACCGCUGCGAUGCCGGCAGCCCUGUAUGCUCUGGGCUUCACCAAAGCAGGAAUUACAGCCGGAACCAUGGCCGCCAGAUUGAUGUCUCUAGCUGCCAUGGCCAAUGGCGGGAGUGUGGCUGCUGGGAGCCUGGUGGCCAUAGCGCAGUCGCUGGGGGCAGCAGGAGUCCCCACAGCUGUGACGGUUGCCCUGUCAGCUAUCGGGGCGGUCAUCGGGGCAAUGAUCCCCCGGAUCAGAGCCCUGCUGUGAUCCCCCGGAUCCCCACCGGGACCCUCACUGAUGUCUGCCGUGACCCC